CCUCACCUGUCAGAAAUUGUAUUUGAUCUUUAUAGAGCACAUUUAAGUAAACACUACUGCUUGUACUUAUUUCAACACAUUGUUACAGUAGUUUAAGCUUCAUAGAGUAACUACAGGAAGUCAUGCAAGGAUAAGAACUGGAUUGUUACAUGGUUUCUGCGGAUUUGCGAAAUCGUUCGAGGGGAAAUUUAUUAUGACUGCCAUGUAAACAGCCAUGUAUACUAGCUGUCCCAGCUGACUCCUACCACAGCAGAGGUUAUUUUAAUCCGUGCGAAGGAUGAUGCCUGACCAAGCCUAACUCCCGCGCUGUUUCCCCGGAAGUUUUCGGCCGAUGGACGGGCGGCUGCGCUUCCUGGAGACGCUGACUGAGGGACUAAGCGACAUGUUGAAGUCGGGCAGCCACGCCGACACCACCAUUGUCGUGGACGGCAGGGUCUUCCCCUGUCAUAAGGUGGUGUUGAGCGCGAUGUCCCCGUAUUUCGAGGCGAUGUUCAGCCACGAUAUGAUCGAGACCCGGGGAGGCAUCGUCACCCUUUAUGACAUAGAGCCAGACAUCUUCGACUGUCUACUUCGCUUCAUGUACACAGGUGUUGAUAUCGUCGACGAGAGUAACGCUGAGCAGAUCUUCAAGGCGUCGUCGAUGCUGCAGAUUCCGUGUCUCCAGGAGCGCUGCGAGGACUUCCUGUUGACGCAGGUAUCACGUGACAAUUGUAUCGGCAUCUGGAAGAUUGCCCGAGCACACAAUUGCAAGAAUCUGGCGGAAAUAGCGAACAUCAGCAUCGUGGAAAACUUUCUAGAAAUUUGCCAAUCAGACGACUUUCAAACGCUUGAGGCAGACGAAAUGACCGCGCUUAUUAGUAGCGAUUCUCUCUCAGUUGAUAACGAAGAAAGCGUCUGUGACGCCGUGGUUUCUUGGCUCAAGUUCGAUCCUUCUCGACAAUCUUGUAUCGCGGACAUUUUGAAAGUUCUACGGUUACCCUUAGUGACGCCGGACUAUUUAUUCGGUCUUCUGCAAGAGGACAUAGAGCUAGAUUCUAAAGCUAAUGAGUACAUACAGGAAGCGUUCAAAUUCCAUUUAUGUCCAGCAAAACAAAAUCAAUUUUCUGCUGAUAGAUUUCAACAGAGAAAAAGAAGUGAAAGAAAUGACUGCAUUGUGAUUGUCGGCGGCCUGUUAAAAACUGUCCCGCGAUUCCAGACGACAAAAGAAGUCGUCUGCUACAGUUUUCAGAAGGAGCAGUGGUAUUAUCUUCCCUCAAUGCCGUACGACCCAGGGUACGAAUUCGCCGUAUUCACCCAUGGAACCAACGUGUACGUUUCCGGCGGUUGGUUGAAGCUACAGGGUAUGGUCGUGUAUAAGGCGGAGAAAAAUAAAUGGAAGGUUUGCGAAACAAUGGCCAAUGGUCGGUGCGGUCAUUCGAUGGUCGCCACGACAAACAAAAUGUACGUGUUUGGCGGGCGGGACGGGACCGCGCCGGCUCUCACUAACAUUGAGGAGUUUGAUCUGAGGUCCAAGAAGUGGAAGAUCGCCGGCGAACUUCUACUCGGCAUUCGCUCAAUGUCGGCUACCGUGUCUGGGGAGUAUGUGUUCUUGUUUGGCGGCAUAACGGAAAAUGACAAAGACUCGGACAAGGUGCAAUGCUUUGAUACUCGUUUAUACACUUCGACAAUCAUUGGUGAUCUUCCGUUUGCUUGUCGUCUGACGCGCAGUGUUACCGUGGACCACACGGUCUACAUACUUUUACCAGACGGCAGAAUCGUCAUAUUAGAUAAUAAUGUUACGUCACGGAAAAACAUUCAAAAGCUCGCCGAGAGUUCAUUUUCAUUUGAAACAUCCGACUCCGAGCAAUCCAAAUCGGACGUACCGCUUGCAUCUCUGCGCGUGUCACCGCUUCUGCCCUCCCCUUCGUCACCAAAAUCGUUUGUACUUCCCUCGCAAAUGACUGAAAAGGAGAACGCCCUUGGAAAACUUGAGGGGCGUAUCGCAGGCUUCAACCAACAUCACUUCGAGGCAAUCCAACAUGGUGGCAAUCUGCUGCUGAUUGGCGGGAAAACUCCAGACAACACCAUCCUCCGCGAAAUUAUGAUAGUGGACCCCAAAACUGGAAAAAUGGUCGGACAGAUAGAAAUGCCCGCUGCUAGAUGGUGUUUUGGCGGAGAAAGAGUGCUAAUACGGAAGGAAUACCUUCAAAAUGCUAUAGGUGUCGUCUGACGAGUACUAACGGACGUCGCAUGUCCUGUUUUAAACAACAAAACUUACUGUUGUUUCGUCAUCAACUGAUUUUGUUCAAAAGAUCUGAAAUUGUUACAUAUCUAAUUUUUACAUAAAUGUAUAUAUUUAUUUUAUUAUUUCUUGUUAAGCUACUAAUUUGUGACGGGGAGCCCGGUGUAGUCUUUCCUUGCGUUACUUUGUUAAUCUUAAACAAUAUAUACUAGUAAACACUUCCACAUUCAAACU